AUGGAAAGACUUAGACUACUUGGAAGCGGAGCCGGUGGAUUAGGCGGAAGUGGAGGCGCACCACCACCAUCGGAUGGCCCAGCGAUUGAUAACGCAGAAACGGUAUACAUUUCAUCGUUAGCACUUCUCAAGAUGCUUAAGCAUGGUCGUGCUGGAGUCCCUAUGGAAGUCAUGGGGUUGAUGCUUGGAGAGUUUGUCGAUGAUUUCACAAUUCACGUUAUCGAUGUAUUUGCCAUGCCGCAAUCCGGUACAGGUGUUUCUGUUGAAGCGGUUGAUGACGUUUUCCAGACCAAGAUGAUGGAUAUGCUUAGGCAAACAGGUAGAGACCAGAUGGUUGUUGGAUGGUACCACUCGCAUCCUGGUUUUGGUUGUUGGUUAUCGUCAGUCGAUGUCAAUACCCAACAAUCUUUCGAACAGUUGAACAAAAGAAGUGUCGCCGUAGUCAUUGAUCCAAUUCAAUCUGUGAAGGGGAAGGUAGUUAUUGAUGCCUUCAGAACUAUCGACACCACCACAUUAAUGAUGGGACAAGAACCAAGACAAAGUACUUCCAACGUCGGUCAUUUGAACAAACCUUCCAUUCAAGCAUUGAUUCAUGGACUCAAUCGUCACUACUAUUCUUUAAACAUUGACUAUCACAAGACUGUUAACGAAACCAAUAUGCUCUUAAAUUUACAUAAGCAAGAUUGGCAAUCUGGUUUGAAGAUGCAAGACUAUGAACAUAAGGAGCACGAAAACUUACACAAGGUGGAAGGAAUGGUGAAAAUUGCCAAGUUGUAUAACGAAAGAAUUGUGGAAGAGAAGGAAUUUGAAGAAGAGGUUGCUGCCGCUGCCAUUGCAGCAAAGGAAGCAAGCGAAGCCAAGGCAAUUGAGGCUGCUAUUUCCGAAGCUGCUGAUAACGGUGGUGCAACUACUACAGGAGGUGAUGAUGCCACGAACUCCGCAAGUUCUACAUCUCCAUCUGAAGGUUCUGAUAAAAACGCAGAUCGUGGUGACAAGUCUUCGACCGAAGUCACCUCUAAGACAAGCUCAUCUAAAGAAAAGGAAACUAAGUCUGGACCAACGGUGGAAGAACAACUUAAAACAAGAUACGUUGGUAAACAAGAUCCUAAGAAGCAUUUAAGUGACACUGCAGAGAAGGCAAUUGAAGACAACAUCCUUUCCUUGCUCACUGGAAAUGUUAACAGUUUGGCAAUCCAUUAA